AUCCAUUCGUUCCCUAUGAUGGACAUCAGUUCUCAAGUGAAGCUCAAUCACAGCAGUUAUAACCCUAAUAAAACAAUUAAAAAUGUGGCUCAAAUUUGCUACAUUAGUACUUCUAGUGCAAAUAAUCUCUGCCGCUCCAGCUAAUGAUAAUCGACGAAUCAUCAACGGCACGGACACAACUAUCGAAGAGUUUCCGUUUAUGAUCUCACUCCGAGCAUCAGCCGGAAGUCACAGUUGCGGAGGAAGUAUCCUGUCAAGUUGGUGGAUCCUGACGGCAGCACACUGCGUAAAUGUUCUUACCUCACCCAGUCUGCAAUCGGUGCAAGUCGGGCGAACGAACAUUUCCAGGCUUGCUGAUGAAUCGGUUUAUAAAAUUGAGUUGGUUAUUCCUCAUCCAGAGUACAAUUCGUCGGACAGUUACGUUAACGAUAUCGCCCUGAUCAAACUGAGAGAACAGUUAGAGUUAGGAGAAACGGUUCAGCCGGUUCUGCUUCCGGCGCCUUGUUUCGAGCUCGAAGAGCCAGACUUGGGUGUAACCUUAAUCGGCUGGGGUUACAACAACGAUGGAGUUGCUUCGACAACUCUACAAAGGGUCGAAUACUAUGUAGUACCGAAUGAGGAGUGCGAUGCCAUUCACGACAACACAAUCUAUCCGAGUCAGAUAUGUGCAGCGGAGCCGGGUGGUGGCAAGGGGCAAUGCAGUGGAGACUCCGGUGGUCCACUACUACAUGAUGGUGUCCAGGUGGGAAUCGUGUCCUGGAGCAUCAAACCGUGCACUAUUGCUCCUUAUCCGGGGGUUUUAACGAAAGUGUCACAUUUUUUGGAAUUCAUUUAUGAAAACACAGAUCUGGAUCCACCACAAUGCGACUUACGACGGUGUACUUAGUAUUGCGAAAGAUUAGAUAAUUGUUGAUUAGUUAUAAAUAGAUUGAUGAGAAUGUCGUUGAAUAAUAGUUUCUUGUUCAAAAAACAAAAUCUAGUUCAUCAGGGAUAGUCCUGAGACCUUUCGUUGACAAGUAGGAUAAAAGCAAAAUUGUUAGAUUUCCCCUGCGUCCGAUAACAGCUCACGGACAGCAAAGUAGCCGCUUAGUCGGAUUUUAAAACUCGUGUGAUUUGAUGAGUGAGCGAAUGGUUGCAAAAUUAGUGAGUCGUUUUCUAUUAAAAUCGUGAGAUCUGCACUCUUCGAAAAAUAAAACCUGCAGUUGACGUAAAUUCAA